AUGUCAUAUUUAUUUCGGCCCGAUGUCAACAACACGGUUGAUCAAAGCGAGAUUGUCUUCGAUAUACCAAAAGAGUGUAAGGCGGGCGUCGUGGUCAAUGAAGGCCCCGAUUUCCAUAUUGAGGUUCAGAUGGUUCCGGUCCCAGAGCCAGGCCCAGACGAAGUAUUGAUCAAGCUCAACGUAACCGGCAUCUGCUUUUCCGAUCUGCAUUUCGCAAUGGGUGACCUGGGUACUCCACCCAUGUCGACGUUCGGUGUGCGAUCUCCCGGCCACGAGGGCGCCGGCGUUGUCGUCAAAGUAGGCUCCAAUGUGAAGAACUGGAAGACAGGCGAUCGGGCGGGGAUGAAGCCGAGAUGGUCAGUUUGCGGCGACUGUGACCUGUGCCUGGAUGAUAAGGAGUCUUACUGUCGAAAAUCUGUGCUCUGUGGUCUCCAUAAAACAGGGACAUAUCAACAAUAUGUCACUUCCCCUGCGCAUUAUACACAAAGGAUUCCUGACGGAGUGGACGAUUACGCCGCCGCACCCAUCAUGUGCUCGGCGGGAACAAUGUAUCGCUCCUUACGUCUGGCGGGACUCAAGGUGAACAAUUGGGCUGUUUUCCUGGGUGGAGGUGGAGGAGUGGGCAUUCAAGGCGUGCAGCUGGCAGUCGCAAUGGGACUUAAACCUAUUGUCGUGGACACGGGAGACGAGAAGGAGAAGCUGGCCAUGUCUCGAGGGGCGAAAGCCUUCGUCGAUUUCAAACGUGUCGAUGACCCGGUUGCGGAGGCGAUCAAGAUCGCGGAUGGAAUCGGAGCACAUGGAGUGUUCGUGACAGCAGGCAACUCCUAUCCGUCCGCAAUUCCGUACACUGGUACACGCGUCGGUGCUGUUGUAUCGUGUAUAGGGCUCCCGCACAACAAAGAGCUCAGUAUCGGGGCUUCGCCCGUCAAAUUCAUCACUCAAGGACUGACUGUGCGCGGUUCCAUGGUGGGCAGUAGAGCUGACAUUGCCACGGCCCUUCAAUACGCCGCGGCCGGCAAACUCUCCGGUGAUCACACGGUAUAUUCAAUUGACCGACUCCCAGAAGCCGUGGAAAGGAUCAGAAAGGGUGAAGCGGCCGGAAGAGGCGUGGUUGACUUCAACCUUUAG